AUGGCCACGACGCUUAACUUUAGGACAGAGGUCAAUGGCAAUAUUCUGGACCCUGAAACUCUUUCAAGAAAGCCUUGGAUAUCUCAGAGGGACGAGAAAUUCCCUAUCAAGAUACGUCUGGUUCUGAGAAGAAGAAGCAUUGUUGAAAGAAUCCAAAUUGUUGCCCACAACAAAUUUAUUCCGCAGCAAGUUGUGGUCUCCACUAUGGAAAACGAAGCGAGAGGCAAUGUCAAAGAAAUUGGAGUCUUGCACUUCAAAGCAGAUUUGGAUACCCAAUAUGAGCUCAAAACCAUUUACACCGAAAUGGUUUGCACAUCCAUUAUUCUCUGCAUAGAGAGAGUGCACAUAAACGACGUAUUCAAUCCUUCACAGCAGGUCGGACUCGUCGAAGUGCAGGUUUUUGGUCAGUACGACUUAAAUGCGGAACAACAUGCUCUAUUUCGACAAGACGAAAAUGUUGCCACGACGAACACGGUUGAAGACGGAAGGUUCAGUGCUGAAAUCGGCGAGAUCAUUGAGAGAAUUGAGAAAAACAAGCAAAAGAGCGUUUCGAACGAGAACUUCGGCCUCGCCUCAAUAGCACAAUUGAGCUCACGACUACUACAGAAGGCUAAAGGAGAAAUGGUUGAGCUGGAAAAAGAUCAACGCGAUGCAAUAAGAGAUGAGGAUUUCCACCGUGCCCUCGACCUCCAGGAAGAGAUGAAGACACUUCGCAAAAAUGCGUUGGCAACAGUGGAUCCAACUCUUGCCAAAAAUAACAUCGAUUCCAUGUCUGAUAUCACUGAUAUCCUCCGACCAAAGAAUCUUUUCGAAAAGGAUGGUCACGACUACAAAAUCCCAGCUCCUAAGCUAUUCACUCCCAUCGAUUUAUCUCCGAGCGAGGAUCUCAAACCUUUGAAGACGCCUCCUCGCAUUUCAUCAGCUGCCAGUGCAGCUACCCAAGGCUCACUUAAUAAAAAAGCAACAAGAAAGUCGAGCUCACCAAAUAUUUCACUCAGGACUGACUCAGCUUCGAGCAGUGGGGAACUGAGUAAGUCGUCUCAGAAAGAGAGGCCGACAUCUGCUUCAUCUCGAGUAUCAGCUUCCUCGCUGAAAACCGAGACAUCAAGCAAAGAACGUAUACCACCGCCUCCGGAUCCAAACCGCUGGCAUAGUAACAAAUUCUUACAGAAGGAAAACACCGUUGUACCUGCCCUAAGAGAACGGAAGCACCAUAACUCAAACUCUGAUGAGGAAAGGCGCAACGAACAAUCAGAAAUGGAUCCUUCGCAGUUAGUUCCAAUCAUGGAAAAAGCAACAUACUUACGAGGAUGCGACCUUUUUGGAGAAAACACGAUGGGAAAAUUGUAUUCGAAAAAAUGGGAACAACGCAAUCAAGGUCUUUCAAACAUCCAGGAAACACUUGAGGGAGUUCCUUUGGGUGAUGCCCAAGCAGGAAAUUAUCUGGAUUGUGCUAUUUCAAUCCUACAAAGACGUCUCAAAGACCCCCUAUACAACGCGUAUAUAAGCGCAUUGGAUCUUCUUUCCUUCAUCUGCACAGACUUUCUUCCACGGCAUUCUCUGUACAAAUUAGCUCCAACCAUCGCAAGAGCAACGUCCGACAUUAUAGCUUUGAGAGCAAGCGAUACGGAUCGUCGUUCGGCCGGCAAAACACUUUCGACAAUCAACGAUAUUAUGGAGCAAGAUACAAAGGCCGCAAAAUUCUUCUUGAACCGAUUCUUGAAAAUGGGAGCUCCGGGUGGGCAACGAGGACAGGCAAAUAUACAGAAGCUGAUAAGUCUGACGGAAGAAUCUGUCACAUCAUUUGGACUGGAUUGUUUAAAACACACGGAUACGGAGAUCCGAAGUAUUGGUAGGAAGCUCAUCCUUGAAGUUUACACGAACGGCAAAAGAGAUAUCGUUCGCAAAAUGAUCAUCGAAGAAAGUCGAAGGAACAAGCACCCAGCGGUGCGAUCUACGCUCAGUGAACUAGCAAAUCUUGAUGCAAAGCAGGACAGGGAUCUGAUUUCUAGCACCCAGUCGGGAUCUUCAAAAAAAAGGCCAGGCACCAAAUCCGUUCGGAUUUCUAACGAAUUGCCCAAAAGAAAUGGAAGCAUACAGAGCAUGUGUCGAUUUUGUGGCAAAACUAUAGAUUCUUACGAACCAUCAGCCUUAGAAAGGCAUUAUAAUGCAGAUUGCCCCAUGUUUACCAAAUGCAGUGGUUGCGGACAGAUAGUAGAAGUGUCCUCUCUCGGAAUACACAAGACGACUAAUUGCAGAGCAAAAGAAAACUAUAGAAGCUGUCCCCGCUGUGGCGAAUUGAUCGAGAGACGAUUGUUCCAUAGACACGUUGGCAAAAAAGACUGCAAGCCUCCUGAUAUUUAUUCGGCGAAAUGUCCAUUGUGUGGCCUAAACGUUUCGCCGGACAACACUGAUGGGUGGCGAAGGCAUCUUACAGCGCAAUGUGCAGAGAAUCCUCGUCGCCGGGCGUUUCAAGAAACCAAGAGAGCAACUCUUACGAGCUCUGGAUCUAUAUCUACGGAUUUUUGA